ACUCAUUAUCCGGUCGGUGAUCCGUGACUCAAAACUGCGGUUCUGUUCAGAUCGAGAGUUUUGGGAUCCAUCGUACCACCAGGCUGGGGUAGUGGUACAUGUGAUUCUGUCUGUCUGUGUCUCUGUCUGUCUGUUGCUGUCUGGUGUUUUUGUUGUCAGUUUUUGCUGUCAGUACUGUACAGUGUCUGUCACCUCUGUCUAACACUUGUCUGGGUUUCCUGUUUGUAUAUUCUCUUCCUUUUAACCCUGGCCAGUUGGUAUGGUGUUUAUCCUACCGUGUGUGUGCGCCACAGGUCAUUCUCUGAGGGCGUCCAUGUUGGUGAGAGUCCAGGGGUCAAGAGCAGGCAGUAGGGCAGCUGACAACCUGAGCUGUGGUUUGGGCUCCACCCUGUCUCUGGCCACUGAGACUGAGAGUGUCACCUCCGGUGGAGCUGGGUCACAGAGGGCGGGCUCGGUGGGCUCUGUGGAGUCCUUCCCUAUGCUUAGCAGGAACUCCAGCAGGAACAUGGAGAGAGACUGGGAGAACGGAUCUACUGCAUCCUCCAUCACAUCCACUGCAGAGUACAACGGUCCCAAACUAUUUAAGGAGCCCAGCUCCAAGUCCAACAAGCCCCUCAUCACCAACGCCAUCGCCCACUGCUGCCUGGCUGGCAAGGUGAACGAGGGCCAGAAGAACGUCAUCCUGGAGGAGCUGGAGAAGUGUGAGUCUAACCACCUGAUGAUCCUGUUCCGCGACGGUGGGUGCCAGUUCCGGGCCAUCUACUCCUUCUCCCCGGAGACGGAGGAGAUCGUCAAGUUUACCGGCACCGGCCCUCGGACCAUCGGCCGCAAGAUGAUCGACAAGCUGUACAAGUACAGCUCGGACAGGAAGCAGUUCACCGUCAUCCCUGCCAAGACGGUGUCGGUCAGCGUGGAUGCCCUGACCAUCCAUAACCACCUCUGGCAGGCCAAGAGGUCGGGAGGGUCACGUAAAAAGUGAGGAGGAAGGUUGAUCUCAUAGAUAAAAUGAGUAAGGAGCAAAAAGGGAGGAUGAGGAGGAGGAUGAAGGCAUUUUUCCUCGUCCGACCACUAUUGGGCUGGACCCAGUAGUCUCAGAGCUAACAGACAUGGACUCAGUAAUCUUUGGGUGUGGCCUGCUGACAGGAAGGGGAGGAGUCUUAUAACACUGUGUAGGUGUAGCCUUCUGAUAGGUGGAGAGGGAUAUCUCUAUAGAAACCAAUGUUUUAAUGAAUGAACACCUUCCAACUGAAUGCACACGCCUCAGUUUAGGGUUAUUAUUAUUUAUUUGAGCUUUCUUUCUUUUUUUCUCUCUUUUCUUUCUUUUGCAUGUGGCACUUUUAUGUUUGAAAUAUUAUGAGAUUCCUGUUGAAGGACUUAUAUUUUCACAUAUAGACCGUCCUCAGCGGUGAUGAAAACUGACUGUCUCUCUGUAGUGAGGAAACAGGGACAGACUGAAACACUACUGAGACUAAAUACUACAGAAGAAAGUGCAACUACUACUGGCAUUACUGAAAGUAGCCUACAAUAGCCAUGUUUGGUACACACGUCUAACUAGCAACCUGGUUUUGCUAUUAAGCAUGCCACAGCCUGGCUCAACCACCUUGCUGUUGUGAUCCCACAGACACAAAACCACGGUUGUAUACGUAGCCUAGGUCUGGCCAUCCACCUUUUAAUAUUACGUGCUGUUCUCACCGUGCUUUACCAUGGGAACGCUCCGGACAAACCACCGCUGGUCUUUUGGGCUUGUUUUUGUUAUGGUGAGAAAGAAGAUGACCAGCCUCAUGUACGGUCCAAGUCUCAUCUUGUCUGAGUGUGUUUGUGCGUCUGUGUGUGAGUGUGUGAUAUGUU